UAGGACUAGAUAGGAAAAAAAGAGAAAAAGAAAAAACAGUAAUAUUACGAGAUUCUCGGCGAAAAUUCUCUAGGAAGAAGCAUAUCUAUGGAUUCUAUUUCUAAUUUCAAACAAUUUUUCAAUGUUCUUUAAUUAAAACAGAGAUUCAACAACAAGUUCAAUCGAAUAAACACAUCACACAUCAUCAUCACAAAGACACAAACUCUUUUGUUUUCGAUAUUGACACAAGUGGGAACAAAACACUGCACUUGUCAUCAUCAAACUCUUCCUUCUUAAUCUUCAUCUUCACCAACACAACACAAACUUUGACACGCAUGCAGCAUUCAAUUCUAACUUUCAGUUUUUGGUGAACACUAAAUAAAAGAUUGAAUGACGUCGAUGAAAUCGUUGAGAUGGCUGAUGAGAAAAAAGAGUGGCUUGUCUGAUGGGGUCUGUCCUUUUUUCUUCUAGUCUUGGUGUUUUUCUAGGGUAAAUCAAGUUUCAGGAUGAAACAACUGCCUUUUAUGGCAGUUGUGUGUACAGUAAUGUUGUUCAUAGUAUAUAGAACUACAAAGUAUCAGUAUCAUCAAGAAGAGAUUGACAAGAAAUGGAGUUUAUGGGGAAAAGCAGAGGCAUAUUUGACCACUUCGCAGAAAUUGAAAGGCUUGCCACGAGGUAUAAUACAAGAUAGUUCAGAUUUAGAGUUAAGGCCGUUGUGGUUGAGAAGUAAUUCGAGGUCAAAGUCUAGGGAUUAUUCUAAUCGUAACUUGCUGGCAAUUCCAGUCGGUAUUAAACAAAAGCAUAAUGUCAAUGCCAUGGUGCAAAAGUUUCUUCCAGAAAAUUUUACAAUUAUUUUAUUCCAUUAUGACGGGAAUGUGGAUGGAUGGUGGAAUCUUGACUGGAGUAGCAAGGCUAUACACAUUGUCGCUCAGAAUCAGACAAAGUGGUGGUUUGCAAAAAGAUUUCUGCAUCCGGAUAUAGUUUCUAUUUAUGAUUACAUCUUUCUUUGGGAUGAGGAUUUAGGCGUGGAACAUUUUUCUCCGUCUAGAUAUGUUAAAAUUGUGAAGGAAGAAGGUUUGGAGAUAUCUCAACCAGCUCUUGACCCGAAUUCAACAGAGAUACAUCACAGAAUUACAGUUCGAGCUAGAAACAAGAAAUUUCACAGAAGAGUCUAUGAACGCAGGGGAAGUACAAGGUGUUCAGAUGCAAGUGAAGGGCCACCAUGCACUGGGUUUGUGGAAGGUAUGGCUCCAGUGUUCUCUCGAUCUGCAUGGUAUUGUACAUGGCAUCUCAUACAGAAUGACCUUGUCCAUGGAUGGGGAAUGGAUAUGAAACUAGGAUAUUGUGCACAGGGCGAUCGAACUAAAAAAGUGGGAGUUGUUGAUAGUCAAUAUGUUGUUCAUAAAGGGAUACAGACUCUGGGUGGGAGCGAUCAUGGUGCAACCAAGGUUUCAAAACUUAAAAAGACAACUACGCAGAAACAAGGUGGAGCAACAGUUGAUGUUCGAUCUGAGAUACGAAGACAAUCAACAUGGGAACUUGAAGUCUUUAAAGAACGCUGGAAUCAAGCUAUUGCCAAGGACAAAAAUUGGGUUGAUCCAUUCAAGAGACGCAUUAGAAAAUGGCGCAGCACUCACUAAGACCGUUUUUGCUUCUGCUGUAGAUUGUCUUCCCACCGUGCAUUGACACGGAGCUCCUUUUGCUAGCUUCAUACCAACGCGAAUCCAAACACAGGCUAGCUCGGUUGCUCGAAUAUGCCAAAGCUUCUUUCACGGCCAUUACCUUUAUUUAUAGCCAUAAUUUUGUAUUUGUAGCUAUGUGAGUUCUUAGUUCAUUCAUUUUUGAUAGAAAAAAGAAAAACACUUUUCUCUUUAUAUUCUUUUGUUGAUAUGCUCCCUAUUUAUUUUUUCUUGGCACCCUUCUUU